GGACUAAAAUUGUAAUUUUACAUCCAGCGCCGGCGAAGUAAAGCAGUCAGAUGCUUUCUCCGCCACCUCUUCUCCUUCAGCAAUCUCCGGCUUUUGACCCGACCCGUUUUUUUAUAUCUAUUUUCCCCUACACCCGCUUUUUCUCAUAAUCAACAAUGGAUAAACAAGGGAGCUCGAAGAUGAAUAUCGCGAUAAUCCAUCCUGAUCUCGGAAUCGGUGGAGCUGAAAGGCUAAUUGUUGAUGCUGCUAUGGAACUUGCUUCUUUAGGGCACAAAGUUCACAUUUUUACUUCACAUCAUGAUAAAAAUCGAUGUUUUGAGGAGACUCUGUCUGGUGUGUUUGAUAUUACAGUUUAUGGUGCAUUUCUUCCUCGACAUAUCUUUUAUCGGCUUCAUGCAGUAUGUGCAUACUUGCGGUGCAUGUUUGUUGCUCUCUGCUUGUUGUUUAUGUGGCCUUCAUUUGAUAUAAUUCUAGCAGAUCAAGUCUCUGUUGUCGUUCCGAUAUUGAAGUUAAAGAAGUCUGCUAAGGUUGUAUUCUAUUGCCAUUUUCCAGAUCUUUUGCUGGCGCAACGUACAACUAUUCUUAGGAGGAUAUAUCGGAAACCUAUUGACUUCAUAGAAGAAAUAACAACAGGAAUGGCAGAUUUGAUUCUGGUUAACAGCAGGUUUACAGCAUCUACUUUUGCAUCAACCUUCAAGAACCUAGAUGCACGUGGGAUUAAACCAGCUGUUUUGUACCCAGCGGUCAAUGUUGAUCAGUUUGAGAAACCUGAUGCCAUCAAGCUGAACUUUCUAUCCAUCAAUCGAUUUGAAAGAAAAAAGAACAUAGAAUUGGCAAUAUCUGCCUUUGCCAUGGUUCACGCCCAUGAAGUUCAUGAUCAUCAAGGAGUUAACAUGAAUGAUAUUUCCUUGACUGUUGCAGGAGGCUUUGAUAAUCGCCUUAGAGAGAAUGUCGAGUAUCUAGAAGAACUGAAAAAGUUGGCAGAAAGGGAAGGUGUUUCUCAGCGGGUCAGAUUCAUCACAUCUUGCUCUACUGCUGAGAGAAAUGCACUCCUUGGCCAAUGCCUAUGUGUUCUUUAUACACCAAAGGAUGAACAUUUUGGCAUUGUUCCUUUGGAAGCAAUGGCAGCCUAUAAACCUGUUAUUGCCUGCAAUAGUGGGGGUCCAGUGGAGACAGUAAAGCAUGGCGUGACGGGCUUCCUCUGUGACCCUAGCCCACGAGAGUUUGCUUCAGCAAUGUCUAAUUUUAUUCAGGAUCCUCACAUGUCUGAAAAAAUGGGGCAAGAUGCUCGUCAACACGUUGCUGAGUCAUUCUCUACCAAGAUUUUUGGCCAGCAUUUGAAUAGAUAUCUUGUUGAUAUUGCUCGAGGUAAGAAGGAAUGAGUAUCCUUUCAGACUGUUACCUUAAUAGCAAGUUGUCCUAUUAGGAAGUUGUAGUUAAAUUAACUCCUAAUAGCGUGUAGCGGGAGUUAGUGCACCGGGCUGUCCCUUUUUAGUUUAGAUUAACUCAUGGUGAUAGUACUACACUGAUUGUGAUACAAAAGUUGGACAUUCUUUUUUCUUAUUAAUGCUUAUAAAAAGUUA